AUGGCUGCCCCCGCCCACACCUUCAAGGUCGCUGAUAUCUCCCUGGCUGCUUUUGGCCGUCGGGAGAUUGAGCUCUCCGAGGUUGAGAUGCCCGGUCUCAUGGCCAUCCGUACCAAGUACGGUGCUGACAAGCCCCUUGCUGGCGCCCGUAUCGCUGGUUGUCUGCACAUGACCAUCCAGACUGCCGUCCUUAUUGAGACCCUCGUCCACCUCGGUGCUGAGGUCACCUGGACCUCUUGCAACAUUUUCUCCACCCAGGACCACGCCGCCGCCGCCAUUGCUGCUGCCGGUGUCCCUGUCUUCGCCUGGAAGGGUGAGACCGAGGAGGAGUACCAGUGGUGUCUCGAGCAGCAGCUCGGUGCCUUCAAGGAUGGCAAGAAGCUCAACCUGAUCCUCGACGACGGUGGUGACCUGACUGCCCUUGUCCACUCCAAGUUCCCCGAGCAACUCGAGGGCUGCUACGGUGUCUCUGAGGAGACCACCACUGGUGUCCACCACCUGUACCGUAUGCUCAAGGAGGGCAAGUUGAAGGUCCCCGCCAUUAACGUCAACGACUGUGUCACCAAGUCCAAGUUCGACAACCUGUACGGUUGCCGUGAGUCCCUCAUUGAUGGUAUCAAGCGUGCCACCGAUGUUAUGAUCGCUGGUAAGAUCGCUGUUGUUGCCGGUUACGGUGACGUCGGUAAGGGUUGUGCCCAGGCCCUCCACUCCAUGGGUGCCCGCGUCCUCGUCACUGAGGUCGACCCCAUCAACGCCCUCCAGGCCGCCGUUCAGGGCUACCAGGUUACCACCAUGGAAGAGGCCGCUCCCAUUGGUCAGAUCUUCGUCACCACCACCGGUUGCCGUGAUAUCCUGGUUGGCCGCCACUUCGAAGCCAUGCGCAACGACGCCAUCGUCUGCAACAUUGGUCACUUCGACAUUGAGAUCGACGUUGCCUGGUUGAAGGCCAACGCUCAGUCCGUCCAGAACAUUAAGCCCCAGGUCGACCGCUACCUCCUGAACGGCAAGCACAUCAUCCUGCUCGCGGAGGGUCGUCUGGUCAACCUUGGCUGUGCCACUGGUCACUCUUCCUUCGUCAUGUCCUGCUCCUUCUCCAACCAGGUCCUUGCCCAGAUCUCUCUGUACAAGGCCGAGGACCAGGCUUUCGCCUCCAAGUACGUCGAGUUCGGCACCUCCGGCAAGAAGGCGGUCGGCGUCUACGUCCUCCCCAAGGAGCUCGACGAGCAAGUCGCUCUCCAGCACUUGGACCAUGUCAACGCCAAGCUUACCAAGCUCACUCCCGUCCAGGCCGAGUAUCUCGGCCUCGACGUCAACGGCCCCUUCAAGCCUGAGAUCUACCGCUACUAA